GGCCGCCCAAGGAGAGAGCCCCUGCACUGUCGCCAGGGAAACCCCGUGGCGUGGUUGUGUGUCAGUUUCGCUGGGACCCGCGGUCGAUGCCGGUGAGGAGGGGGAUGGGCGCCUCUGCGAAUGUAAGGACCCGAGACAGAAUCAGAGCCCUGUAUCACAUACAGCAGCAUAUACCCCAUUAUAAAUAGCGACUGUAUAUAUACAAUACACUUAAAUACAUGGAUUUAUCCACCGGGGAUCUAUAAUAGACACUCAAUGGAUGCAGUGCACCUGAACAGGACAGGGAAUUUAACUUUCCGCCUAUGCGUGGGAGACACUGAGAAGUUUGUUUCCUACCCCUGGAGAGGGAGCUACUUUUAAGGGCAAAGGAUACAGGAGACUCCGAGGCCGACUUACAGGCCUACUGGUCUGGUUGGAUUCGAUGUUGGGAUACUCAAAGGACUUCCCAUUGUACAUGCAUCUGCCUCGUUUGUUCAAGUUUGGAAUGCCUCUUUAGGUCCCCCAUGACCGUGAGCCGUGGGCUACGGCUCAACGGCGCCCCACCUCUGGAGUGGUCUGUUGCUGUAGUUGGGACCCUGUGAUUCCUCCCCUCACCUCUCCUCCUCCCCCCAUCCUGUCCCUCCCCUCCCCCUCCCCCUCCUCCCCCUCUUCCCCCCCUCCCACGCGUCGCUGUGCUGGACGUCAUGAGCAUAGUAAUCGCGCUGGGAGUCACCACACCUGAAACGUCUUACUCAGAUAUGGCUGCUGGAUCAGACCCUGAGUCAGUUGAAGCAAGCCCUGCCGUGAAUGAAAAAAACUACAACAACCACAGCUGUGGGAGCGCACAGAGUCAUGGGUAUCGGGGACUACCAUAUGCUAUGCAACAGUCUUCCGUUGUGUGUUGUCAGGAUCACAACUAUGGCGCGCCCCCUCCCCCUACCCCACCCGCCUCCCCGCUUUCCCAAACCAUCAUUCCCCGCAUGGAUCUCAAUGGCAUGGUACGUGGCGCCCGCUAUCACGAAACUACUGAGGACAACUCAGCCGACAGCGACAGCUCCUCAGAGGAGGACGGGGCUGUGGCCAGCUGGUGUCACUGCAGCCUGACGCCGGAUGGCCUGCUCAUCAAAUGCGACAACUGCAGGGGACUUGACAGGAGGAAAGGAGCAAAAGGCCAACAUAGAAAAACGGAAAAUGUCUCAGCUGGAGAGAGCAGUGCCACUGAGAGUGGUGACGAAGAGGUGUCUCCCUCCACCAUCUCUUACACCGCCACCCAGCAUACACCCACCAGCAUCAAACUCACUGUCAACCGGGUUAAAAGAAGCAAAUCCAAAAAGAGAAAGAAGAGCACAGAGAAGGCUCGUGGAACACCGAAGGGCAAGAAAGUCAAGGCUUUCAGAGAGGGUUCUAGGAAGUCCAUGAGGAUGAAGAACUCAACAACAGAGGCGAGCGUGUUGGAUGAGAACACAGCAGAGGGAUGGGAGAGCAGGAUCCGCCAGUGGACAGACCAGUAUGAGGAGGCUCUAGCCAACCAGUACAGCGCUGACAUCCAGACACUCCUCCAGCUUCACCGCGCUGCCAGCACCACCGUCUCAAAGGCAGAAAGCGGCACUGCAACGCCUCCUUCCACCACACAGAUCCACGCCUCAGUCGAUGCCAUGGACACCAUCAACCGCACUGAGUUGGCCUGUAACAACACAGUGCUGGGCUCACAGAUGCAGCUCCAGUUGGGGCGGGUAACGCGGGUGCAGAAACACAGGAAGAUCCUCCGAGCAGCUAAGAACUUGGAGGCAGACACACUCAUCAUUGAAUAUCGGGGAAAGGUCAUGCUCAAACAACAGUUUGAAGUCAACGGGCACUUCUUCAAAAAACCCUACCCAUUUGUGCUGUUCUACUCAAAGUUUAAUGAUGUAGAAAUGUGUGUUGAUGCGAGGACCUUUGGAAAUGACGCCCGCUUCAUCAGGAGGUCCUGUACACCCAAUGCUGAGGUCCGACAUAUGAUUGCUGAGGGCAUGAUCCAUCUGUGUAUCUACGCUGUCAGUCAAAUCACAAAGGACGCUGAGGUCACCAUUGGGUUUGACUACGAGUUCAAUAGCUGUAAUUACAAAGUGGACUGCGCCUGCCAUAAGGGCAACCAGAACUGCCCAGUGCAGAAGCACAACCUGAGCCCCAGGGAGAGCUUACUCAGUACCCCCUCCCUGCCACCCCCCUCUCCCCUGGUGGGUGCUGAGACUCGACGGAGAAAAGCCCGCAGGAGAGAGCUGGAGAGCUGCCACGCUGGCGACAGCAACCAGACUCUGGACCAGCACCAGGAGGCCAAAGAACUACAGGGGACCAGUGACACAGAGGAGAGGCUGCUGGAUGAGCUGAAGGUGGAAGAGGGAGAGGAAGGAGAGGUGGAUGAAAAUGGUGUUGCCAUCUCCAGUAAAAGAAAUUGUAACAGCUUGGAAAGGAGGCGCAGGAGAGUUGGAGGAGCAGAGGUGAAGGAGGAGGGUGUUGAAAGUGAGGAUGGGGCAGGAAACCCCUCUGGAAACACUCCCAUACCCCACAACACUGGAGUGGGGGUCAGCACACGACGCACCACAUAUGUCAUGGAAGCACCGUCUAUUGAAGAAAAGACCUUAUUACCCAACCUGCCUGCUCCAACUGCUCCCCCAAAACCUGCUCGACCUACCAAGCCUCGGCCCAAAAGUCGGAUAUCUCGCUACCGGUCAAGUUCAUCCCAGCGUGCCCGGCGGCAGCGCCAAGCCCUCGCCCAGCAAGCAGCAGCAGCUGCUGCGGCUGCAGCAAUGGCAGCGACACCAUCAUCAGCUGAUCAGGGUGCUUCUUUGGAUGAAGAGGGAUCUCAGGGCCCAUAUGGUGCUGAACAUGGCCAUGGAGAGAGUGGUCCAGGGGGUCAUCUCCUAGAAGGAGAAGGCCAGGGUCUGAACUGCAUAAAUAGAGGCAACAUGCGCUACCCCAAGACCAAGAAGUACCUGGUGACAGAGUGGUUGAAUGACAAGGUCCCUGGAGGGGAGAAGGUUCACCAAGAGGUGCCCAUUGAGCGCCCACUGCGGAUAACCACUGACCCAACGGUGCUGGCCACCACCCUCAACAUGCUGCCAGGCCUCUCCCACUCAUCGCUCAUCUGCACCACACCCAGACACUACGUCCGCUUCGGUUCCCCCUUCAACCCUGAGAGACGCCGACCCCGUCCACUACAAAUGGACGGCACUUAUGGCUGCUACAAGAAGAGAUGGAUAAAGCAGGUGGAGGAUGAGAGCUGUUCAGCCAGUGUGGAGGAUGGCACAGAGUCCACCUCCUCCCAGCAAAGUACCAGUAGCAGAUCCACCCCCAACCCCUUGUCCAGUGAAAUCAACGCACCAUUUAAGAAGCGCCGCUCCAAGUAUAUGCCAGAGACAACACCAGUACCCUCGGACCACCUGCUUCGCCCGCUGUCACCCAUUACACCGCCGCUCCCAGAGGACUCCCUACACCCGCCAUUCCACACACCCUGUGGCUCCUUGCUGCCCAACGGCUUGGCUUACUCCCCCAUGCCCUCGCUGCCGGCCAGCCGCUGCAACACGCCGCUGCAGUUUGAAAACAUAUCAUCACCUGAGGCAUCUCCUGUUCACCGGCCGGAGUCCAUCUCUCCUGAGCCAUGUCUUCAGACAGACUUUGACAUCCCUCGGCCUCAGUUCCCAGACCUGUCGCUCCCUUCUAGCUUGGAGAGUCCCGUGGCUGUGACCUCAGACGACUUUUCCCUUCCUGGAGGGCCUUCAGGCCACGAUUCCCAGGGCACAUCAUCUGUAGGGACCAGUUCCCUAAACCCAGUGUCCUGUCCUUCCUCAGACCUAACCUCGCAGAACAGGGAGCAGGCCUUCAGGACAGAGUUCAACCUUAUAUACACCUGCUCGCCCCUCAACGCAAACUUGGGGAAUCCUGUGGCCACCGAGCGCCAUCUCUCCCAGUCAGAGGGUGGCUUUUCCCCAGCAGAGUCCUUCCACAGUUCCAUAAGCGGCCAGGGACUGCUGGGAGAUGUGGGCCCCGGUUCCAUGUCACCCUAUGGCGAGCCUCAUUAUGGGGGAGGCUACCCGGAUAGUGGCACACCUCCUCACACCAGCAACCCACCACAAAAGAAGAAGAGGGCCAACCAGCAUACCAUUAGUCUGCUGACAGGGAAGCCAGAUUACCAGGCUAUAGCUGUAAGAAGUGAAUACAAGCCAGUACAAAAUAUGGUGUCUCUGCUGGAGUAUCGCAAGAGGAAGCAGGGCAGCGGUCGUGACUCGGAGCCAGCCGCCAGCAGCUCGUCUCUGAGCAGUACCCCCACACGGCCUGGCUCCCACUAUAGCCAGGACUCCCACCAUCCUCACUGCCAUCAACAGAUGCAGCCCCAGGUCUCCCCACACAGCUCCUUCUCUUCCUCAGCACACUCAUCCUCCAUCCCACAGAUAGAGGAGGUCAGUCCUCCAGACCACCAGGGCUCAUCGGCGCAUUCCAGACGCCAGGACAACAACAAUCAGUGGAUGGUCCCCACUACUGUUGAACGCCUAAGGGAAGGCCAGGGGGUUCGGGAGCGAGUGCUAAGAAGCAUCAAGAUGGAGCGCAUUUACAAGAGGAGUGAUGGCUCUACAGAGAAGGAAUCUGAUGCAGAUCGAUAUGAGAUGCAAGCAGUGUCUAUGGCUUCUCCCAUGAAGAGCCCACACAGAUACAGUCCCUCUGUUUACUCACACCAGUCAUCAGAAAGCCACCGGCAGACCGACAGCCCAUCGUUCCUCCAGCAAACCUCCAAUUCUCCAUUCCGGGGUAAUUACAGUCCCUCAUCAGGCCAGAGCUUCUACCCACGCCUCUCCACCUCUCAUCCUGGAGUGUCCCAGGACCACCCUCCAUCCUCCUACCACAGUCACACCCCCACCUCCACCUCCUCCUCAGACUCCAGGCCAUCAGCGGGCUCUCUACACCAGCAGAGUGGCAGCAGUAACGUGGAUGGAGGCCACGGCUACAGCAGCAGCCACUUAAAAGCAAACCUUUUGAACAGCAGCGGCCUGCCGGGUACUCCCAACCCGGGACCGAGGGCCCACGGGCAGACUAAAAUAGACUUGGGUGCCCAGGCCUCCAGAGGGGGUCAGCAGCAGGCAUCUCGCAGCCUGAAGUCGGGCAGCCCGGGCCAGGUGGCACUGCAGGCCGGCUCCAGGCUGCUGUCGGCCACCGGACCGACACACUACCCACAAAGAGGGACAAGCCUCAGUCAGUUCCAGCACUCCCCUCUUCAGGGACCCGGAGUAAGGACACAGUCAGGAAGCUUUUAGGACCUUGUUCAAGUGUGUGUGUGGAUGUGUGUGUGUGUGUGUGUGUGUGUGCGUGUGUGUGGGGAUAUGCGUGAGUGAGUGUGUGUGUGAGUGUGUACGAAGCUGCGUACCUCCUCAACCCCUAAAGCUGCGGUGAAAUGGGGCUCAGGGAGUUUGGGGAGGAGAAAUGUACAGACCUAAGAGGAGCAAGGACUUCUUUACGGAUUUCUCCUUUUCUUAUUUUCUGUCUUUUCUUUCUUUAUUUUCAGAAAAAAAAAACAAAUUACCACAUUCUGCACAAAAGUAAUCAUUGACUUUGGACAUCAUUACGGAAUCGGUGGAAAAAGGAUUUGGAUGACACAUUCUGAAAAAGAAAAAAAAAAAAACAAGAAAUCACAUGUAACUUGAAAUUGUCCCCAGUGUUUCCUCAUGUGCCGGACUGUGCAAACAGGCUCUCUGUCGGAAAGUAAAAAAUUUCCACACAAAUGUCUGUACAAAGUUAUAAAAAAGCCGUACCUGUCGCCAUGGUACCCAGGGUGGAUAAAUGCUGAGAUGCAUAUGUAACUGAAAGCAAGAGUUGUUUUAUUUUUAUUUUUAUUUUUUGUCAACGUUACUUUUUUGAUUUGGCGAGUGGCCGAGUCUGUGCUGCAGUAAAUAAGUGUUUGAUUUGGAAAGGGGGGGGGAGGGGAGGGGGGAAUGCAAGCAAAGAUGACAUGUUAAUCAUCCGUUCUAAAGAUGCAUUAGAGAGGCGGGGAGGAGGGGUUCUCCCUGGAUAGGAUCAUUCCAUAUGAUUGCCAGCUUCCGUGUUCUCUCACUAAACAUAAAAAAACAGCCCUUUUUCUCUCAAGGUUCUCCGUUGGUUCCAAUGCUCUGUUUUGUCUUGGUUAUCAUCUGUUCUCUCAUCCCCACUGGACUGUUUUGAUUUCACAUUAGGACUACUUCACUGUAGACCUCAGAUAUUGUACUUGAGACAUACAGGUCUUAUGAUUCAUGGUGCUGCAUUCUUGUUUUUUUUCCAAUAAAUUUGAAAUCCAGUUACGUUCCCCACAUAUGGCUGCAUUCAUCUUGUCAUUAUAUCAGUUGAAAUCAGUUUUAUUUUUCUCCAAAUUCAUAUUAAUCAUGUAUUAUGGUGAUGGGAUGCAGGAAAAUAAUCCAACUUUUUUCUAAGCUAAAAUGUUGGGUUUGACUGUUUUUGUCCUGCAGGAUUUCUUUUAAGAAGAAAACAACAAAAUAUUUAUAUGGAAGUUUUUCUGACCAAUCCUUGCAUUCCGCGUGACACCAAGGAAAACCAGGGAGGGAAUCUCUGAAGGAGUGUUGGGAUUGUUUAUUAAACCUAGGUUAAAAAAAAGCUGCUACGUUCUCCUGUGAGAGCUGCUUCCCCUUCCACACAAUGCUGUAUUUUUAUUUUUCCUUUUUAUUUUUCCUUACAAACUGACUGUGACGAUUGUCCUGACCGCCGCAGUGGGACCUCACACCGACGUUAAGAUGACAGCUGGGGGGGGGCAGCAGAAGCGGCCCUCUCCUCCCUCUCAGACUUUUAUUUUGGACCGGAUGUGGGGAAAAAAACAGCCACGCUUGUGUGGAAGACUUCAAGGACCGAGGGCCCGGUCACAAGACUGGACCCCACCCGCCACUACACCCACUGGCCCCUCCCUCCAGUUAACCAACACACAGAAGGGUACUCAUGUUACAUGAAUGUUUGACAGAUUGAAAAAAAUAAAGUUGUGACCCAAAAUUAACCAGCACCUUAAAAUGAAUGAAAUAAAGCCUAAAAGACACAAUAGAACAAUAUGUAUGAUUAUGUGUACUUGUAUAGAAAGAAAUGUGAUUAUAGACUUGUAUGGAGAAAAUAUAGUACACUGAAUUUAUCGCAUGAUAUUUGUUUUUAGGGUCUGAGUGACCAACUCUGUCAGAUGGUUGGAAGCUAAUCAUUGGGUCUGUUCCUCCAAAAUAACAGAUUCUGCAUUCUCUUUUGUUUUGUAAAGAUCAUUCUAUUGCUUUUGUUUUAUUUUUACACAGAUCAUAGUAGUAACUAUUUCAAUUGUUCCCCUCCAAAAGGUUUAAGAAGCAAGAGAUGUAAUGCAUUUUGAUAAUAAAAUAAUCAUGAUGGUAAUGUCUUUUGAAAACUACCAUUGUGAUUUGUCAUUUUAGGGA